AUGAUACAUAUGGAAGAACCACAUCAACAACAAAAAAAGCAACCUAAAAAACUUCAUACGCGUUCAAUAAUAAAUUUUUUCCAAGGUGUUGCACUUACUUUAUUUAUAUUCGCUCUUAUACUUACUAUUUAUUCAAUAAUUAUUUAUUUUGCUCGUCUUAUACCAUAUAGUAAUUAUGCUAUUGUAUUUGAUGCUGGUAGUUCACAUACAGAAAUGUUUGUUUAUCAUUGGCCAGCUGAUAAAUCUGAUGGUUUAGGUACAACAUCAACAGUUAAUGAAUAUUUUGUUUGUCCAUUAACAGGAGUUAAUAUAAGUGAUCGAAUAAAACAUGGCGAAUUUAUCAAACUUAAAGCUAUAUCUGAUUUUGAACAACAUCUUGAUUUAUUAGAUGAUUAUUUUCGACCUUGUUUAACAAAGGCUAUUUUAAAAAUUCCAUCAAAUCGUCAUAAAUUUUCGCCAAUUUUUCUUGGUGCAACAGCUGGUAUGCGUUUAGCAAACUUACGUAAUGUAACAAAAUCACAACAAGUAUUGGAAACAAUACGUGAAAUAUUUUCACGUUCACCAUUUCAAUUUGUUCUUGCUCGUCAAGUACGAAUAUUAACCGGUAUGGAAGAAGCUAUUGAUGGUUGGAUAACAACAAAUAUUUUAUUGGAAAAAUUUAAACAUCGACAUUCAGAAAAGAAACAAAUAGAACGUACGAAUUCUGAUGAUGAAUUUGAUUCUGAUAUGGUUGGUGUACUUGACUUAGGUGGUGCUUCCACACAGGUUACAUUCACUUAUGUAAAUGAUGUUACGAAUGAACUAAUUCCUGAUGAAUUUACGACAAAUAUUACGUUAUUCGAUACUAUUUAUAAUCCAUAUGCACAUAGUUAUUUAUGUUGGGGUAAAAAUGAAGCAUUAAGACGUUAUAGAGCUCGUCUUCUUAAUGCUGUACUUAAUGCAAGACGACCAUAUUUGUCGAAUGUAAAACAAAUUCUUAUAGGUGAUCCAUGUUUAGCUCCUGGUGCAAAUGAUUCAUUAACAAUAAAUAAUCUAUUUCGUUCACCAUGUACAGCUAAUGAAAAACAACUAUUUUAUACUUAUACAAAUAUAUCAAUAUUUAAAUUUAUUGGAAUUGGAAAUGCUACACAAUGUCGACGAAAUCUUAUUAAUUUAUUUGAUGCUAAACGUAAUGAUAAAACAGUUAAUUGUUCAUUUAAAUCAGAAUAUUGUACAUUUGAUCAUGCAUUUCAACCAAAUCUACCAGAAAAUAUAAAAUUUAUUGGCUUAUCUGGAUAUUACUAUGUAUUUAAUAAUCUUGCUCAUGGUAUGCCAAAACCCAAACAAUCAACAACUGAACGAUAUAAACUUCGAGAUUUUCCACAAGAAAUUAUUAAUCAACGGCUUUUCAACGUUUGUGAAACACAUUAUCAAAAACUUUAUCACCAAGAAUCUAUGACACCAAAUAAUGAACAACACAAACGAGGUUUAUGUUUUGAUGCAUGGUAUAUGUGGCUUUUGUUAACAUAUGCUAUUGGUUUUAAAGAAAAUAAUUUAAAACGUUUAAGUUUUGCUAAUACAUUUCCAACAGGCAAAGUCGGUUGGACACUUGGUUAUAUGAUAAAUCAAACAAAUUACAUUCCAGCUGAAUUUCGAGAAAGAAAAUUAAGUAAAAAUCAUUUUAUAGGUCGAUUAUCAACUUCAUUAUCAAUUGCUUUAAUUACAUCUACAUUUCUUCUUCUUACAUGUUAUGCAUGUUAUAAAAAAAAAUCAACCAUAGUAUCAAAGAGUAAAGAUGGUUAUAUCAAACCAACUGAGCAAGCGAAUGUUUAA